AUGCGUGGAAGCACUGCCGGGCUCGCUGAUACGAUCACGAGUACGAAGCACUCCGCCCUGCUGGAGUUCGCGGACAUCGUAUUCGCCAGCGUGGUUGUAGCCCCAGCCGUCGUCUCCUACUGGAAGUCGACCUGGUCGCUUAUGGACCUGUACGUGCUAACAGAAAACCCCGUCAGCAGUGCAGCGGUAUGCGCAGCGUUCGGUUUGUGCUGUAACCUUGUGUUCUGCGUGUGUCAGACCAAGUUAAGCCAGUUCCUGAAGCCUGAGAGAGGGAGGCUGAUGUACUAUGUCCUAUCGCGGUUGUGUACGUGUGUGGCUGGGGCGGCUUGCGUGGGAGGCUGGAGGGGUGUGUGGAAUCUCCUCAAUGAGUGCACGGGAGACAGCGCAAAGACGCUCAUGUCUACCACAGUGGCUGCCACGUUGUCUCUUGCGGCGUUGAGGACCUUGAGAAACAUUUGCGCAGCUCCGUUUGCAGUGGCUGUCGAUUCUCCAGAAGACUAUUUCGAAGUCCCUACUAUGUUUAGAACGAGCAGUAAGGAGACCGCUCUGUACAUCUUGGACUGUGUGUUCUCUGUCACGGUGGUUGGUUCGUUGGUUGUGUUCGUGUGGCGUGGCUCCUGGGCAUUGCUGGACAUUUUCCUCUACCCUGGAGAUACUGUCAGAUCCUGCUGGACCUCUCUGGUUGUGGGUUACGCUUUGGUUGUGAUGACCUUCGCUGCCCAGGCUCCUAUGAGAUGGGCGGUCGCCAGGAGUCAGGGUGCUGUAAGACUACUGUUGGCAGACUUCUACCACCUCGUGUCAUUCAUAGCCACAGUCAAUGUGUGGCGAGGAGUUUGGGGAUUAAUGGACAUAUAUUUCUUCCCAGAAACUCCGAAACUCAGUAAUUGGUGUUCGCACAUCAUCAGCCUGGUUCUGCUCAUUCUUCUGAACUGCUCCAACUCGGUGCUGGUCCGAGGAGUAUAUAUUGAUGCAGAGGAACCUGCCGGGGACUGCGUGGUUUUUCCGUGCCAUUACUUGAGGUUAUAUCUUCACAAGGAAAGAAUUAAGAAGAGACAUAAGAACGUGAAUCAAACAACCAAAGAAACAGAAGAUGCAAACGUACCUCUACAGAUGCCAGAAGAAAAAGUAUAA